AUGGACCCGACGAUGCGCGAGGUGCUGACAAACCGAUCUGGCCAUCUCAACGAGGUGGUGGGCGAGGCGCUGUGCAUCAUCUGCUUGGUCGCCCCUGCCGACAAGGUGUCGCGACGGUUGCUGAUGUUGGACUGGUCGCCCGCCACCCAGCGAUGUGCCCGCGGCCCGGACGGCGUCCUGCUCGGCUACCACCUGCUCGCACGACUCCCCAUCAACAUCGACCAGUGCCGCGAAUGCAAGGCGUACCGUGCAUUUGUGUGCACGCUGCCCACCGUCGCCUCUUCUACAUCUGGGCGGCCGGAUUGCCCUUCGGAGAAGAGCCAAUGGAAGAAUGGGAUGAAGCGGAAGAGGCUUCGGAGGAAGCACUGGAGCGGCUUCUGGACGGUACCGAUUGAUACCCCUCGACUACAUCUACAACAAAUGCUCAACUACAACAAGCCCGACUACAAUAAGCCACCACAAGUUCCC